AUGUUUUAUCUAUAUACUGAUGUAUCUGAAAUAGGAUUAGAAGCUGUUAUAGCACAAAAGAGUGCUGAUAAAAAGGACAUGUCAGGAUGUACUCAUUGGAAUGCAGAUGUAUUGUCUCGAACAAAUGCAAUGAAAGAUGAAAUUGUAGAAAUAUAUAUGACAAUAGUAGAAAGUAUUGAAGAAGAAUUAGUAACAGAAACAUCAAAGAACAAGUAA